CAUACCUUUUUUCGUAUUCAAGCGUUUUGCGGACUCAGCGUAUUGUUUGGAAAGCUACGUAGGCGGCCAGAAUCUGUAACAGCGCUGUAAUGUUGAGGGUUUCGAGCAGUAGCCAUUUAGUCUAGCUCUUAACAGAAAUACCAGUUCUGUUAACGUUACUGUGCCUAUCAAUGUACAAUUCCGCGACGUCACGCGUCAGACGAAUGCGCACCACAACGGCGUAUGAGGUUGAGGACUCUGCACAGAGUACGGCGCCGUCACGACACGCCUGCUGUUAGCACGACAAUUUCAGGCAAACAACACCCGGUCUAAAUGCAUCGAUGAAACCAACAAAAAAUGACUGGCGUCGCUAACGACAACGCACGCGCUUUGCCCGCACUAGAGCAGCUGCUGGCUCGUUUUGCGCAGGGCUUGGAACCUGCCCCGAUCACCAAAGUGAUGACACUCUUUUUGUGAGAAAGAAGAAAACUGACGAUGUGUGCCCCGCAGGACGCGUUCCUCCCGGAACAAAAGCAGCCUAACAUGGUCUAGUGACACACUUGGCGACAUGUAGCGCCAGGCGUUCUUUCUUCGAGGCUUCGUGCACUUCCGAGAGUCUGCAGCUUUGAAACGUACGAAAUCACCUCAAUGAAAUCCGUUCACAGCUUCAAACUGAGCCUACUUAUUCACUGCCCGACAGUGCGUACAAGAAGCGCUCUGAGAACAUGGUCAGUUGCCACAUCUGCAAGAAAAUACGUCUUUACCAAGUCAAGCGAUGCAAGGCGUCGUGCGAGAACGUUCCGGCAGCAGCCAAUGAGACGCUCGACAGAGACGGAUCCUGCGGCUCAUCGAUAGGGUCUUGACCGUCGACUUCAGCCCAGUUUCUUCUAGCCACAGAGAGACAAAUACUUCUCAACUCAUCAUGGGGGUCUUCCGCGUGCGUAACUGACGUACUGUUUUUUAGUCGUUGCUACCUGUUUUUUAGGGGAGAAAGACGACAUUGCCGUCUGCAACAGGGGUGGUAGAGCGGUUUUUGUAUUUCAAGGUGGAGCUAUUUGCCAUCAAUUGUACUCCCUCGUACUGUGUACAAGUGAGCUGAUGACCAGGACUCCUUUUUUCGUUGUGAGCUGCAGUUUUAUUGAAAGUGCCCGCUAAGAAUGGGUCCAACGAUAUUAGGUCAAGUACAGGAGUAAUGCGGCAUAAUGUUUCGCUGUGAGGCCCAUUUUGCUGCUGAAGUGCCUGGGUUCCUCACGCCAGGAUGCAAGCGGACUCAGGCCAACAUCUCCACAACUUACGCGGUUGCUCCAUGGCGUCCUUGGCUUGUUAUGGGGGCCGUUGUGGUGAUUUUCGUCUCCACACAAGACCUUUACACGAUCGCCUUCGGCUCGUCGGUUGAUAGAGACUGGGACGACUUCCACGGCAUAGCAGCGCGGCCUCGUACACAGGCCAUUCCUGCUGAUCCGGGUGAUGCUCCUAGAGGACAGUCGUCUUCAUUAAAUGAGAAGAGCGGACCUUUAGAGAUCAUGGUGCACGACGGCAUGUCGCCAGGUGCGAGACUCAUGAUCGAAGGCCUCCGAAAGCUUGCCGAUGCCCAGCAGAAAUUGGCUGCUUUUCUACGUGAGGCAGCGAAGAGGUGUCGUGAAGGUGAAGAACACAUGUGCGGGACACCUGAAGAACCAAUCAGCAGACGUAGCGGUAUUGUGCUGCCAGAGCCUCCCGUGAUAAGGCAGUUCAUUCUACCGGAUGACCCGGAGAUCGGCCGAAGUUCAAACACUGCUUCAUCUGACCCCGUGAAGACACAAGAGAGCACCGCAGAUGUGACUACCAUUCGAAGGCCAAAGCGACAACGCUGGAAGCCACCUGUUAUCAAGACUAACCACCCCCUCCAGCCUCGCUGGGGGACGGAUCGGCUCAAGGGAGGCUUUGAGACUGCUCCGCCGGAGGAGGCAUUUGUUGAAAUACGGACUGGAGGCUUCUUCGACAUGCUCAACAACCUGUUCUUGGGUGGAGCUGGUAGUGCAGAUCCUGCAAAUUUUGAGGGAGGAAACCAGGGUUCGUACUUCGACUUUAUGUACCCGUUGCAAACUGACUAUCCGUGGGCAUGCACGUGUGACCCUAAUAUUUUUGAGAGGUGGGAGAACAAGGAAGUUUCUAAUGUCCCAUGCAGAAAUCAAGUCGACAUGUCGGCACAAGGUGUCACCGCCUACUGCAAUCCCUUGGUGCAUAAGAUGAACGGCUCCUUUCGUCCUGGGUCCGGCGCUUCUGUUUUUUCGUUUGUGGCCGUUUCUUUAAGCUUUAUGUUCUCGUUUAUCUAGAAGAGAAGGAGAAUUCUGUGGGGAAUGACCUCCUGAUGAUUGUCUUUUCCAAACCGGUUUAUGUCACUCGGGAGAAGCAGCCAGAUGCACUUCUGUGAGCGAUUCUUCAAAGAGUCCGCUUUCACGCCGCUGCAUUAUAUGUCUCUCUUGUCGCGUGGUGAAUAACGCCAACCCGACGCCCUCAUGCUGCAUGAUUCAGAACCUCGGUUGCUCUUCUGUGCGUUUUACAUUCUGUUGUAUCUCGAAGAGACAUCUCUACCAGAUUCAUAGCGUUCCUUCACCGAAGGCCUCCGGCAGUGCGCAGCAGAGCAGCCUUCUCAAUUAUUAGUGUCAGUAACAGACAUGACCACAACUCAGCUACCCGGUGCUGUUUAAGAAGAGCGUGUUAUGAGCAUGAUCCACGAGGGACACCAUCUUGUCUACGGCGACUUCGUUGCCGUGUGACAGUAAGAGCAUC